GGGUUCGUGGUUUGUCGCCGCAUAAAUAAUUUUUGUGUCGAUUGCUGGUGUACUCUCGCGCGUCUAGUACUGCUGCUCCUCCAGACUGGGCUGACGCUUGUGUAUAUUGUUAUCACCGCCAGUUUGUUUGAGUCGGGAAACAAUAACAAUAACCCAGCGAAUGUCACCGCUACGACCUCGUUGACGUUUGGCGGCCCUCCCCCGACGACGACGACGACGACGUUUGUUCGAUAAACGGUGCCGGAAUCGAUGCCGUGUAAAGUUCUGGAUUUCGAAGAAUUUGGCCGACUUGCGCUGGUGUGGGUCGCCCGGGAGUGCUGACAGUCACGGUGACGGUGUAACCAAGAGAUAAUUAAGUGAUUUGUGUGUUAACUCUCUGGCACACGAGGCGGGCACGACGCAGCCUCGCCGCAAUCGGAAUUCGGGUGCGUGCGUGCGUGUGCGUGUGAGUGCGGGGUGUUCGUUGGUGGUCGUACCAGGGAAUACCGAUGACGGGUUCGCGGUGGUGAAGGAAAUUCAAUUACCUGUCCAGGAUAACCCGCCCGCAGCUGUCAACGAAACCUCCGAAGGUAUCCGGUGAAGAGCCCCCAAUUACCGCCAUCUAGUGGACACUAGGUGCGACCUCAAUGAAUGUGCGUACGUGACAGACCGACCUCCAACCGGAACCGGAUCCUGGUCGUGUGGAUUUAAUUACCGUCAUCACGAGUCGAUCGCGAAUGUCAAACAUGAGAGGUUAAUUAAAUAAAAUGUUAUGUGAUUCGGAAAAUGAAAAUCAACGUUGAUUGCUAAAGUUGGUGAGGCGCCCCCCCACUUUCGGUGGAUGAAUUCAAUAAGCUGGAAGAAAACCAAAUGGGAAAAUCUCCCCCUUAAUGAGAAUCGUCGAGAAUCAAGUGUAAAUAUUGGAGCUAUUAUGCUGUGACGAAAAUAAUCCCAUCUUUCCCAAUGAUUGUCGUGUAGUAGUGAAUAUCUAGUGUGUGUUUGUAUAGUAUCGGUGUAAUUCUGGGUGUUUUCAAAAGUGAUGACCACUUGUGUAAAGUAAAUCAAAAUCGUUAAGGAGUAAAACUAAGCAAACCGAAUAGCCAUAGAGUGUUUGGCUCAAACCGAGCGGUUAAGUGAAACCCACUGAAACAAAGUCAUUCCUAUCGAGAGGGCAGUAGAGGAAGCUCUGGAGUAGUGGAGGAAAGAGGGCCCCGCACCAACCAACCUACCAUCCAUCCACUGGGUCUAUGGUGGUUGGGAUGAAUGCGAGACAUCACCUUACAACCUCGCUAUCCCAAAAUUUGGAUACCAACUGUACCGAGUUUCCGGACGGAUUCGAGGAGACGCUGCAGCUGCAGGAAUCGUCACCAACUCUAACUCUAAUCUCAUCAAAAGGUUCAGCGGAUUCCAACUAUUCUCAACCAUCGUCCGAUCUGUCGCUAGACGAGGAAAAAGAAUCGCUUCGGCGAGAAAAGGAACGUCAGGCUUUAGGCCAGUUGGAAAAAGCGAGGACCAAUGAAACUGGACCAUUCAAAUUCGAUUCUGAAAGUAAACCUGUUGCAUUUGCUGUGAGGACGAAUGUAUCAUACGAUGGCAGUUUGGACGACGACUCGCCGGUUCACGGCAGCGCAGUCUCGUUCGAGGUCGGCGACUUUCUUCAUAUCAAGGAGAAAUAUGACAAUAAUUGGUGGAUUGGGCGAUUGGUUAAGGAAGGCUGUGAAGUGGGGUUCAUACCCAGUCCCGUUAAGCUAGAACACAUACGAAUGCAGGCGUCGGCGGCACGUUCAUCCAAGCUAUAUACAAGUAAGGGAUCAUCAUCUAGCGGUAAUUUAGGAGCAUCUGGAGUACCAGGUGCGGAACCAUCACGAGGUAGCACACCCCCAACACCUGGAGACGAUAGCGAUUCGAUGGGCGCCUCGCGGCACGGCAAAACCCCGCUCGCCACGCCACCUACCAAGGAGAAGCGGAAACCGUUCUUCAAAAAGCAGGAAACAUCAUCACCAUAUGACGUAGUGCCAUCAAUGAGACCAGUCGUACUAGUGGGUCCAAGUUUAAAGGGUUACGAGGUGACCGACAUGAUGCAGAAGGCGUUGUUUGAUUAUUUAAAACAUCGAUUUGAAUCAAGAAUAAUUAUAACCCGUGUUCAAGCCGAUAUAUCGUUAGCGAAGCGUUCCCUGAUGAACAAUCCAUCGAAGCGAGCGAUAAUGGAACGUUCCAACAGUAGGUCAUCUUGUUUAGCGGAAGUGCAGGCUGAAAUCGAGCGAAUAUUCGAGUUAGCGAGAACACUUCAAUUAGUUGUACUUGAUUGUGAUACAAUAAAUCAUCCGUCACAAUUAGCGAAAACAUCAUUAGCGCCAAUAAUAGUUUAUUUAAAGAUAGCUAGUAGUAAGGUAUUACAAAGAUUAAUCAAAUCACGUGGCAAAGCUCAGGCAAAAAAUUUAUCAGUACAAAUGGUAGCUGCUGAAAAAUUGGGUCAAUGUCCACCGGAGAUGUUUGAUGUCAUCCUAGACGAGAACCAGCUCGAAGAGGCGUGCCAGCACUUGGCCGAAUACCUAGAGGCAUACUGGCGAGCCACACAUCCUCCCGUACGACCAACUCCAUCUGUUCCUAGACCUUUGCCGUCCCAAGAAGCGUCACCGUCGGGCGAGCAACCCGGCCGAAUGGGUCCUCCACCUCCGCCUGACUCUAGGGAUCGUUACGGAUAUAGAAACGAGCAGCGAGGUGCAUCAUAUCAUCACAAUAGUAAUAGCAGUAGCAGUAGACGGCCGGGUUCGAAUCGUGGCCACGACAACCGCGACCGGGACCGGGGACUGGACAGGAUCGAGCGGGACCGGGAACGGCUACACGCGCGAGAGCGGGACAUGCUGCACUACGACAUCAACGACGACGACCUGCUGAACGAGCGCAACUACGGCCCGUCGGACUACGGCGGUGAUCGGGACCGGGGAGGAGGAGGCGGAGGGAUGAUACGGGGCGACAGUCGGGACAUACGGGAUCUGCGGGAACGGGACGGCCGGGUGCACAUCUCGAGCGGGGUGAGCGUGGGCGUGGCCAGCAGUAGUAACAGCAACCGACACACCCUGAACGCCGACAUGCUCGACCACGACCGCGAGCUGAUACGAGGGGGCGGCGGCGGGGACGUGCUGGUGAGGGGGGAACUGGUGCGGGGUGACCCACGGGAUCCGCGCUAUCCGAUCGCACAGCCACAGCAGCUGGUGGCGCCACCGUCGUCGCAGUCGGUCCGCCGGGCGGAGAUGGCCGCCGCCAGGGAGCGGGGAGCGUCCGAUGGGCGGGACCGCGACGACUACAGCCCUCACCGGGGAGGCGGUAAUAAUAGAAGAGUAUUGAAUGCCAUGUAGGAAUCGUGGAUAUAGGGAUGGGAUCAGGAUGAGGAAUCGGUGGACGAGGAAAAGCUCGUCCCGGACAGCGAGGAGGACGACGGCUUCGAGUACGACGAGUUCUACUGAGCGGUGCCGGUUGUCAAACACAUUGCGAGCCACCGGACUUGCCGGAUCCCGGCCCAACACUUCUCUAUAAAUCUCGUGCGAAUCCUUUCGUAUAGCGUUUAACCAACCCAUCCCCAAAUACCCAAUACAACUUCGGUGUUUUUUCACAGCUGGGACAGACAUAUUUACCUCCACUUCAAACUGAUUCUGUUGUCAGACACUUGGUUGAGCGACAGCACGCGAUCCUGUCAGUUUGACUUUUCCCAAAACCAUCCUGAAGGGCACAUUCGGUAAGUCCAAAACGGCACAACACAUCAACAACAGCGCUGCAAUGACAACAACCGUUAACAGUACAAUUCGUCGACUCGCACAAACAACAACAAAAACAUUCGGGAAGCGAACGAGAGUAUUAGUGAACAAACUGUGUAAAAUAUAGUAGCGAAGAGUACACACACACACAAAGAAAGCCCACUCAACACAAACAAACAACGCCACACAAAAACACGUACACUCAGAGGAAACCAACCCAAGCAACAAUCACUAGCGAGAGAGAGACAAAACAACAACAACACACACACACUUAGAAGAGAGAGCCAGAGAAACACUAGGUGAGCGCAAGCGAGAGAACGAGUGAAAGAAAAAUUGCCGUCGUUCGUGAAUCAUCCUGAUCCAUUCCUAUUGUAAAAAAUGAAAAUACUCAUUUCUAUAUAAUACCGCUUUCAUCAUUUUUGAAAAAAAAAACAAGCAACAAGUGUCCAAACUCUUCCGUUCUAUUGUGUUUCGGUUUCGACCUUUUUGUUUCGGUUUUGCUUGCAACGCACGCAUACUGCCACACACACACACACACGAUUUCGGUUUCGGUUUGCUCACUUUGCUGUGCGAUAGUGAAAGAGUGUGAGAGAGGGAGAGAGGGUGACCGUUUUCCCCUCACCACCACCACCACCUUUAUGUUGGCUUGUUCUGUGGUUAUCGGUUUGUCUGCUGCAAUUGUUUUCGUUUGCUGGCUACGUCUACGUUUUUAUUUGCCAAACUCGAUGAUUUCGAAAAGACUGUUUGCAGAUGUUUUUUAUGUCAUCUUUUUAUUAAUUUGUUGCUGUUGUUAGUUCGUGCAAUUAAUCUACCUAAUUCUCUUCCAUUUUUUUUUUUCUUAGCAUGUAAGUUUAAGCUGAUUCUGGUCAGUUACUUUAAAAGAUUUUUAGGAGUUUUUUCAGUUCAAUCUCAUUUUUUAGCUCGGUUAUUUUCCAAUUGUUACUUUUUCUUUACCUUUUCCGUUAACUGGCAGUUGCUUAGUUUAGCAUCGAUGGACGAAAAAUGAUGAAGAACAUUUAUAUAGAAAUAGGUGUAUAUUGAACUAGACAUUAACUUUAUUAAAAUUCGAAAAUUUAAUAAAAAUCGUAGGUAAGAAAGCAUGCACUUGAAGUUUCUUACAUCAGUUCCAUAUUUAUUAACAGCAAACAAAAAAAUCUUGAAGCCCAUCAUGUUAAGAACUUUUUAGGACUUUGCUUCUUUAUUUAACUAGUUUAAUUAUAGCCUUACCAUGGUAUCCAAUGAUAUUGAUCCGGUUAAGUUUUGCAUUGAAAAAAAAGAAGAAGUAAUCGGAGAACGAACAUUUUUGAUACGAGGGAAGAAAUCACGCCGAAUGUGGAUCAUUUACAGUCAACUCCUGGAAAACAAAAAAAAACUACUGCCGAAACGUUGGCAGUCAGCUUAUCACAGCAAAAACAAAAAGAACAAAUACACACAAAUGAAAACGAAAAACUCUACUAAGCCACUUAUUUUUAAAAUCGAAAACCAAGCCCCGAAAAAAACAAAGCAGAUGGAAACUCAACUUUUAAUUGUGCCAAAUCAAUAGGAUUAUCGUUAAUGAGAGAGAAAGAAAGGAAAAACACAUAACAAUGACAGAGAGGCGAACACCCUAAACCGAAUUAUAGUUUGUUUGAAAAUCCACUUCAGCGUGAUGCGAAAAUAAAAACGUUAUUUUUAUAUUCUCCAAGCUGGCACCGACUGGCGACUUUCGAUUUCGCCGUUUUUCAUUACAAAACAAAACACUAGAUUACGUUAACUUAGUAAAUUAAAAACAUUUUACCGUUUCUCUUGAAAAGCUCCAGCUGCAAAAUAAAAUGCAUAUAAAUAAUGAAAGCUUUAAAUUUAAAUUUAGGUAACAAAGAAAUGCAAAUGAAUUAAUGACAAACACACACAGAGACACAAAGCAAAAAAAGAAAAAGAAAAAUCGCGUUACUGAGUGAAGUUCGUACGAAAGAUAAUUUUUUGUAUAAAAAAAGAUAAUUAAAACAGCAAAAAACAUUGUAUAAUUGAAAUAUGAGCAACAAGCAUCUACUUAGGAAGUCCAGUUUUGCGAAUCAUUUCCCGCAGUGAUUCCAGCGUUUAUCCUUAACAAAAGAAGAAAACUGAAAACAUAAGAGCUUGAACUUUAAUCUUUCCGUUCAAAAUUUGGAAUCAUCACAACACACACACGAAAAAAAAACAGAAGCGAAACAUCAAAACGGGCUCAAAGAUCAUAACAAAAUAGCUAAACUCAUUGACUAAUCGUACUACACAAAUCUGAGACGAGAGCAAAACAAGUCGGUAGGGGUUUAAAUACAACAAUAUACGUUUACCUGAUGUUAAGGUUUCGACUUUGAGCAAGCCACGCUUAAAUCGCGCUUACGCAGUUGCACUACCACUUCUCUAAACUAAAAAAAAAGAAAACAAACUAAAGUAAAAAGUCCUCAGUUUUCCGCGUCGCAGCUACUUUCCUCAACUUAUAUCCAAAACAAAACAAAACCCUCGCUGACCUUCCCUCGCCGUUGACCUACACUCAAACUCUCGGCAAAAUAGAACAACAACAACAAUCAUCCAACACUCUUGAGCACCCACUCACGCACAUACAAACACCCACACGCAGACAGAGACGCAACGCCACUCACUCACUCACCAUGCAGCUACAGAGAGAGCGCGAGCGCAAAGACACACCCACACACAUUAAAUAGACUAUUGAAAAUUGAAUGGAAGAAACAACACAAGCAUAGAAAAUAUUAACAAAAAAAAACCUAAUGAAAAAAACUGAAAUUGUGAUUACUACUACUAUUAAAACAAAGAAGAGAAAGAAAAAGAAACAAAAAUCUUAGUCACAGUAAACAAACUGACAUGAAAGCUAAACAAAUUUGUAAAAAGUAAAACAAAACUACACGACGAUUAAAAAUACAUUGCUAUAUACCAAUUGCCUUGCACUGAUAAAACAUUUAUUGAGAUUAUUAAAACAAAAACGGGAAGAAAACAAAAAUAAGCAGAAGAAAAAGACCGCGUGAAGAAGAUAGCACACAAUCGGCAAGCAGAAUCAUCCAGUCUUGAACACCUCUCCUUUUUCCUCCUUGAAACCCAAAGCCUCGAAGACACAACCAACCAAACACACACACUCUCAGACAGACACAUGUAUCGAUGAGGAUUUUCCCCUUUUUUCUAUUACCUCGAAAGUAUCGCGCUGGUGUCGGUGUAAUGUAAAGUUUGAGCGGAUGCAACACUAACAUACACUCACACCCACACAAACUUAUAUUUAGUAGGUUAAAAAUUACCGGAAAGAAUCGAAAGCGCGCGGCGGUAAUCUGUGUAAAUAGUACAUUUCCGAGUAAUCUUACAGAGUUUGAAAUUCACACACGCAAACACACCCACACAUCAUCACAAAUUUGCCUUGCUUUUUGCUAAAUUAGCUCCACAUUGGAUAGUGUUUGACAAGCUCGUAGCUGUCGAAUCCUCUUCCAGUUCUGCUCUCUAAAUUUCUCUACAACUAUUGUUUACAAUGUGUACUCGCCAGUAUUCCCACCAGGCUUUACCGAACUUUUUUAACUUUGUUUACAAUGCGUACUCGCGUUUUUCCUCCUUUAAAGAUCCAGAAUUCUUGCCUGACAACAUUGAGACAGCCUUGCCGCUGUCAAAUCUAUCUCCAGAUCUGCUCCCUUAUUUUCUCAACAACUUUUGUUUACAAUGCGUACUCACAAAUUUCACUUCCACACUCUACUGAACCUCUUUGUUUUUGUUUACAAUGCGUACUUGCGAUUUUCCUCCUUCACUCAUUGCAAGAGUACUUACCGGCGAAACACAGCCAUCUCGCUGAGCAUCACUAAUCAAAGUGACGUUUACAACAUUUUCACCUCUUUCGUCCUUAUUCAUGGCCAACUGAGUUACACGCUUGUAGAAAAGUUUCACCAUAAAAGAUGUUUUAGCGUGAAUUCGACUAACAUUGUGGUUCGAUAAAAUAGCUUUUUGACUGCAAAUUCCCAAACAAAAUAAGCUCUAAAUUGUGCAAAAUAUUUUCAGCUAUCAAAAUGCAAAGCGCAAACUUUUCCUGAAAUCUACAUGUGUUUUUUUUUUUUCACUUGAAAUGUUAGUUUCCAUUUCUCAUUAUAUCUUUUCAAAAAAAAAAUCUUACGCCGCAAACAAGAGCUGUAACAAUUGCUUGCCUCCUCCAACAAAAUCUCCAAAACCUUUGUUUGGACACUAACAUAACUUCCGUAAGCCAAUCGCAUUCAGCAACACGAUUCAAUCAGCAAACUCUCACACACGAACACAUCCACAUCCCGUUAUUAUAGAUUUUAAUCAAGUAAUAAAAACAUCCAAAAUGUCCGAUUGGUCACGAGAUCUGGGGACAGUGGAAAGAGCGAACAUUUCUAAAGUUAAAUUAAUUUUCAAAUAAAUCAAAUCUACCGGAAAGACGAACUCACACAUACUAAAGUUCACUUAUGACGCGCAUACACAACCAAUACACUCAAACAAUCAUACACAUAAACACACACCCGUUAUUUGAUAGACGAGAAGUGAGAAUAGGAACACGAUUGCAGUUUAUGUAGUGUUUUUUUUUUUUGUUUAAAUUGAGAACAACACAAGAAAGGUUUGACGACGCGAAACGAGCAAAACAAAGAAAACCGAAAUCUUAGUCUUCGUUAAUCUCGAUUUAAAAGGAAGAAAAAGAAGUAAAUUCAAGGGAAAAACAUAACAUAAAGAUUAGUAAGAAGAACAUUUUUCAAAAUACGUUUACGAACAUAGCUAUUUUUAAUCUUUGCACUUUGACGAAAAGGAGAGAGGGAAGAAACAAUGAAGAAGAUAACACUCGGCAGCGUUAUCGUGUGCGCGCAAUGUUUUCACUCACAACACACAUCCACACACAAACACUUACACUGUACAAAGAGAAUGCAACAGAAAACAACUCAAACAGAGCGGCAGCGGUAGAUUAAAACAUGUAAAAUUUGACUCUUAGACCAAUAUUAAAACAUUUCCAUUAUUAUUUGUCUACCAGUGAGAAAGGGAAAUGAAACAGUAAUAAGAAUCAAUCCUUUCUUUCGUCGUUUGUUUCAAGAAAAAUCGUUCUUAAAUUUCUCUUGUAUAUCGAGGCAGCAACUUUCACCCACACACACACACACACCCACAAACAAAAACAGAACCACUCUCUCACACAUACACAUUCAUACAUACCCACAAAUGUUACGGUUAAAAGUCAAGCGUUUCCACAAUACUCCGCCAUCAACUCCCGAACAAAAAAACAACCAGAAAGUAAGAUCAAAUUUAAAUAUUGUAUCGAAAGUAAAUUAAAAAAAAAAAAAGAA